UGUUUUUCUUUCUUAACUCCUGCUGUCAAUUCUGUUGCGCAACGUAAAAACUACAAUAUAUUACAAACGUAUUUGGAUCUGCCCUGACCUUUAGCAUACUGUCAAUAAUGGGGAAAACCUCUAAGGAUAAACGAGAUGUGUAUUACAGGUUGGCUAAGGAAGAAGGUUGGAGAGCCCGUUCCGCUUUUAAAUUGCUGCAAAUCGACGAAGAAUUUCAUAUAUUUGAAGGUGUUAAAAAUGCUGUUGACCUGUGUGCGGCUCCAGGCAGUUGGAGUCAAGUCCUAACUAGAAAGUUGCAUAAUAAAGAGGAGGAUAGUCCUAGUGCAAAAAUUGUGGCUGUGGAUUUGCAAGCUAUGGCACCUUUACCAGGUGUAAUCCAGAUUCAAGGUGACAUCACUCAGCUAUCAACAGCAGAAAAGAUUAUCCAACAUUUCGAGGGUGAAAAAGCAGAUUUAGUUGUCUGUGAUGGUGCACCAGAUGUUACUGGACUGCAUGACAUAGAUGAAUAUGUCCAAGCCCAACUACUUCUUGCAGCCUUAAACAUUACCACCCAUGUUCUUAAAGAUGGUGGAGUUUUUGUUGCAAAAAUCUUCAGGGGAAGGGAUGUAACACUGCUCUAUUCACAACUGAGGAUAUUUUUCCCAAAAGUGACUGUGGCCAAACCAACAAGUUCCAGAAAUUCCAGUAUAGAAGCCUUUGUUGUUUGCCAAAAUUAUUCUCCGCCAAGUGGCUAUAUCCCAAACAUGUCGAAUCCACUUUUGGAUCAUCAGUAUUGUGACUGGAAUGAAUGGGAAGGGCCGAACAGAGUGAUUGUGCCUUUUUUGGCAUGUGGUGAUCUUAGUGCAUAUGACUCUGAUAUGAGCUAUCCUUUGGAUGCAGAAUAUAAAUUCAGGCCACCAACGCAGAUGCCCAUCAAUCCCCCAUAUCAUGAAGCGGUUUGUAUAAAAAAACAGGACCAAUUGGCAAAACCUGCAAUGGAUCAGCUAACUAAAUUUGAAUCUCUUGAACUGAAGGAAUAGUAGUCCAUCUACUAUAAGUAUGUUAAACUUUAAAAAGUUCAGCUUCCCAUGCUGCCGAGUUCAACUUGCUGUUCGGUGUUAUCUUUAUUAUAACUAAAUCAGUGAA